AUGCAGAAACCAGCUUACAAGUGGUACUACCCCGCCGACAUUGAGAACGAUCUCAAUGGCAUUGACUUGCCCGCUGCAAUCAAGGCUGAGGUUCUUGCUUGUGCUUGGGAAUACUCGAGAAGUGUCAUCCCGCAGUACACCAACUGGAAGCGAUAUGUUGCUUUCAUGCGAACCAUCAUCAUCGGCACCAUUGCAGAGUUCCGCGGAGCUAUGUUGGACGUGACGUCGGAUACUCCAAUUCUCGGCUUCGAUCUGGACCAAGUGCUGGCCGAUCUCUUCGAAGGAACUCCUGGCCACGAGGACAUGGCACGCGAAUACAAGACUUUCCUCACGGUCACCAGCGACAAGACCAGUGAUCGUCGCGACCACGAGCUGUUCCGUCGUUACAAGAAAGCAGUCUCAUCAAGCCCUCAGAACUGGUUCCGUCUUCGGGAUUGCGACGCUCUUUGCCGCUUUGCCAUCGCCGCCGCUCUGGCCUGCAACGACAUGGACGACGUCUGGUUCACCGACGAACAAUUCGAUGCCCUUGCCGAGAUCGGCGACACCAUGUACGAUGCCAUCGCAUUCUACAAGCAUCGCGCUGAAGGCGAGACAAACAACACUUUUGCCUACGUUCCUGAGGACAUGCGAGUCGAUGCGUUCCGUACCGCCCGAGAAACUCUCUGGGCGCUGGAUACGGCAUAUGCAGACAGACCGGAGAUGCAGGUCGUUGUCAACUUCUUGCGAGCAUUCGGCGGACCGAUUCACAUGAUCAUGCGUCGCUAUCGAUUCUGUGAAGAGGGCUUGGUCAUUGGCAAGGCCGAAGAUACAUCCGUGAUCGAUGCGGCCAGAAAACACGAAAAGCUCUGGCAUCGAUUGGACCAGCAGGAGAUUGUUCUACAACAAGGCGUUGAGCGUUGCGAGCUCAUCUUCUCCAUGGAAAACAGACUUCUCUUCCGAGGGUUCACGGACAUUCUACUUGAUGCCGAUCGAUCCGACUCUCCCUUGGAGUUUCCCUCCAGCCCUGUUGAGAAGAACGGCUUCGGCGGCGCUCUGGCACACCAAGCUGCGGGUCAGAUUUGGAAGAGCUACGCUUUGCGAUUGCCAGAAAGAGUGAGGCGCGCCUUUCCCGAGGUUUGCCUCAAUCCUUGUUUACCACAAGCGUUUGCCCAACCGAUUGAGAAAUUUCCGCGAGGCAAAGUUGUGGCGGAAGUGGUUGGUGCUCCAACAGCAAUUACGCAAGCGAGCCAAAAGCGCUCGUAUGGUGGUGAUGACGGUGGGAACGGGAAGCAAUACAAGGAACGCCGGAUCGAUCAGCGCGCCCGUUCGACGUUGGUAGAGGUGUAA